AUGGCGGAGAGCAUGAACAGCUCAAGAAUUCGUGGAAUGCGAUUAGGUGACCAACAGUAAUUGACUUAUUUAAUUAAAAUCCGAAUUUCUGAUUGGUCGAGUGCAUGUUUGUACCUAUUUUUCUACGAAAAUGGGCGAUUUCAGCUCUGAAGACUUAAAAAAUGGAGCAAAUUAGGUCCGAUCUAUUGUUAUGACCAACUUCAGCAAAUUCGUAUGUGGCCGCAGAAAGUUAUGGAGAUUUUUGUCAUCGCGUGGCAGCCAUCUUGGAAAUGCUGUUUUGCGUUCUCUCUUUGAGCACUUAUUUGAGUUUCCACUAUAACUUUAGAAUAGAUUUGUAUUUUUUGUAUAUAGUUUUGUCAAUAAGUUGUAAAUAAGUGUAAAUAUUGGGAAGUGGUGGCCUCUGGAUUCACCUAAAAUGCUGUUCGAGUCUUUGUGUUGUUGUCCUCACCAUCGCAAGUGGAGGCAUGGCGAAGUGAGAAGCGAGUAGUUGUGCUAGUGCAACUGUGAAGAGAAGAGAUAGUUAGAAGAGUGUCUCGGUUCGAAAUACAGAAAGGCAAGAAAAAGAAAGAUUUGUUUGUCAUGUAGAUCUAGGCUAGAAGUGGAACUCAAGUAUCGCAAAAUUGAUUUAGGUCAAUGAGCUUGUUUUAAUCUUUUUUUCUGUUUAUAAUUUCAGUUUAGUUGCUUUUGCAAGUCAUUUCGUCAGUUUUUGUUUUUUGAUCAGCUUUAAAGAACGUCAUGACAGUAAUAAUAACCAGAAAACUACUUCUGUUGCUUUAUAUUGAGUGAUAAUUAUGUAGGAAGGUAUACACAAUUGUUCCUGACAACAUAGCUUUGUUUCCCUUUUGCAUGUAUUGUCUGGAGGGGUUUAUUCUUGGAGAUUUACAGUAGGCAGAAUACUAAGGUGUAAGUCACCCAGUCCGCUGUAAACUGCUGCUUAUAAGCCUUGGGCUUAUACAUCUUCGUUAGGGAUUUUGGGAGGGCUUACAGUGUAUAAUCUGAGGGGAUUUUCUCGUACCAGAACCGGGAUAGAAAAAGCACAAGCAUCAGAAGUGUGGAUCAAAAUGUGUAAUUUUUUUUUCAAUACAUUUGGAACAGAAUUAGAGGGGACUUAUAUCCAGUGGGGGGGGGGGACACCUAUAAUCAGAUGUAUUUUUUUGUUUUCAGGUAGAUAAGCCUGUAAGUGGUGUAAAAAGCGAAAAAAGGCACUCUACGUUUGGUUUCUCUGAGGGACCAGUGAUGAAAGCACAUCUCUGAACCCAAAAUUGGUGUCAUUGGUCAAGGAAUAUCAAGAGUCUGCUGUCAAAGAAAAAAGAAACAAGAAAAAAAGGAACAGAAGGGCCAAACUGAAAGGCAAACUUGCUAUUGGCAAGUCCUUGAAAGACUGGAAAAUAACACCUACUGGGGGGAAAACACUGAAACACUUUGAAAGCAGAACUGAAGCAGCCAGUGCUGUUGGGAGGCUGACUUCCCAAGCAGAUGAAAGAAGACGCCUGCAUUCUAAUCUUGCUAUGGACUAUCCAUACCGCUUUUUACAGGAGAUGUUUGGCUGUUCAUCCAAAACAGUUACUGCAGCAAAAGUCCACCUUAUUGUGCUUAGCCGUGGUGGAACUCCACCAUUACAGUUUAAAUUUCAACAAUGUGUAAGUCCUGAAGUGCUUAACGAACUUUCAGAAUUUUUUAAGAGAGACAGUGUGUCCAGACCAUCAUCUUGUCAGAGUGUGGUCAUGGACGGUGAGGAAACGCCUAUUAGAUACAGGAAGGACAAUGUCAAGGAACUUGUGUACCAGUAG